AUGUCCUUGUCUAGGCUGCCGCACCAGGCCCGGCCGUCACCGUCUCUCCUUUUCAAGGGCUCAGGCGUUCUGGCCCCCAUCACAUGCUGCACGUACACGCAGAAACGGAGGGCGUCGGUGCAACGACAACCGCCUGGUUAUGAUGUCGUGGUGGUGGGAUCCGGAUGCGCAGGACUCAGCGCAGCGAUUGUGGCAGCGAAGCACGGGUUGAAGGUGCUGGUGGCGGAAAAGAGCAACUACUUCGGCGGCACGACGGCCUUCUCGUUUGGAGGGGCCUGGAUCCCCGUGAACAAAUACCAGAAGAUGCUGGGGAUCGAAGACGACGUCGACAAGGCCGACACGUACGUGCGGCGGGUUCUCGGCGACCUGUACGACGAGAAGAACCACAAGAAGAUGCAGGCGUUCCUGGCCAGCGCGCCCGAGAUGGUGGAGUGGAUGGAGGCCAACUCGGCCAUGCAGUUUGCGCCCAUGCCGAUUCCCGACUACCACGUGGCGAAGGAGGGCGCGUCGGUCGGCCGCACCGUGUCGGUCGAGGCCUUUGACGGACGCCUCCUGGGCCGACAGACCCUGCGGGACGUGCGGUAUACGCUGCAGGGGUUCCAUGCCUUUGGGUCCAUGCAAGCCCGGCCGUGGGACAUCCCGGCCUUGACCCACCCGUUUGGCAGCUGGAGCAACUUCCACUUCGCGACCAGCAAAGUGGUUCGGUACGUGGUCGACGUGCUGCGCUACGGCAAGGGCUCCGAGCUGGCCAACGGGAACGCCAUGGUCGGCCGGCUGCUGCACAGCUGCCAACGAGAGGGCGUCGAGCUGCGCAAGAAUGCCCCCGUGCUGAGAACCGUGUUGGACGAGAACGGCAGGGUCAGCGGUGUGGUGGUCGGGGUGAACAGUCAGACCGGAACCACCACAACCGCCGCUGAGGAGCAGAUCCCCGUCAACAAGGCCGUGGUGCUCGCCAGCGGAGGGUUCGGGCGGUCGGACGAGGCGCGAAAGUAUCUGCCGCACGAGUGGUCGGCUUGUCCCAAACACAACGUGGGCGACGGGCUACGCAUCGGGCGGGAAAGCGGCGCGGCCAUGCCUCCGCCGAAUCCAGACAACGGCAUCUACGCGCCGAUCUCGUUGCUGCGCAAGAAGACGCGCGACGGCGGCACGCAGAUCCGACGGUAUCCGCACUUCUCCCAGGACCGGACCAAACCAGGCGCCAUCAUCGUCGGACGCGACGGGCGGCGGUUCGCGAACGAAUCCGAGCCGUACCAGGAAUUUGUGAAGAACAUGCACGCCCAGGGCAUCGACCAGGCCUAUCUGCUCGCCGACCGCACCUUUCUGCGCAAAUACGGCAUGGGCAUCGGCCUGCCGGCCCCGUACCCUGUCCGACACCUGAUUCGCUCCGGCUAUCUGAUCGAGGCGCCGGACCUGGCCACGCUGGCUGGCAAGAUCGGCGUCCCCGCCGACAAGCUGUCGGAGACGGUGGCGGCGUGCAAUCGAUAUGCGGUGGAAGGGCGGGAUCCCGAGUUCCACCGCGGAGAGAACGCCUACGAUCUGAUGCUGGGAGAUCCCUCCACGGGCCUGCCUAAUCCUACCCUGGGUCUGUGUAAGAGCCCGCCGUUCUACGCCCUGCCCAUCUACCCGGGCAACGUCAGUACCGUGUACGGCCUGACCACCGACGAGAAUGCCCAGUGUCUGGAUAAAGAGGGCGUGCCGGUCCCAGGACUCUACGCCGUCGGCCUCGAUCAGAACUCGGUCAUGCGCGGCACCUAUCCGGGCGGAGGCUCGAGUAUUGGGCCGGCCUUGACUUUUGGCUAUCGCGCCGCAUUGCAUAUAGCGGGGAAGAUCUAG